UACCCCCCCCCCCCCCCUCCCUCCCUCCCACCACACACACAAACACACACCCCACACCUGGCCACCAAAACUCCCACUCCCUGGACUCCUCCUCGCCUCUCCGUUUAGGCCAGGUACUUCCAUUCUCACUUAAUUUCUAAUCGCUUAUUUGUUCAGGUUCUGUAAUUUCCUUCCGAUGUGGAGCUUUGCAGUUCAGAACUGUUCCGGAGGUUUUCCUGCGUCCAAUUGUUUCCCGUUGAGCUUCGCGUUAUGGAUGCUUGCUUUGGCUAGCUGGUACUGAUUUUUCUAGGAUUAUUGAACUAUUGCUUGGAGAAUCUAGUUUAGCUCUGUCUAGGUCUGAAAUGGAGUGCCAAGUAAUCCUUGCUGAUCUCCAAAGGGUAUACGUUUGAUAAUGGUGGUGUGUUCUGUUUCUGUAAAUUUCUUCCCCUGCUGUAUGUUUAAGUUACAAGCUGUUUCGUAGGGUUUCUCCUUCAUUUGCUCCCUUUGAGCUUCGAUUGGCAGAUGCUUGCACUGCUAGCUGUCACUCUGUGAUUUUGCUGUGCUUUUGAACUGUAUUAGUGUCUGCGGAACGUGUUUGGUUUUCUUGAAGAAUUUAGUGUGCUUACCUCUCGAUUUUUGGCUAUGCAUUCUGCUUGAUUCUUGACAUCGAUUCGUCUCUGGUUAGUUUCCUAGCUUGAAUUGUGCUGUUUAGUGUGGAGUAGUUUGAACAAUUUAGAUGUGUAUUUGUAUUGCACACAGGAUUCCGCUGACUGGAAAAGUUGAGAAAAGGACUCAAGUGGAUCCAAUGAAACCUGUGUAUGUUGGAGAGUCCCCCCAGGUGGUUCGUGACGAACAGGCGAGAUUGCAGAAGCAUGUCGUUGGUUUGUACACGAUUUGGAUCCUGAAUUUUGAACUUUUUGGUGUCUGCAGAUCCCACUGUUGAAGUUGCAUCCACUCUUUUUCUGGUGAUGCACUAGUGUCUGGAGGUAUGGACAAGGAAACAUGCCUUUCAUGGAUGAUUUGUGGGGAGAAAGUCUGUGUCUGGAGUUACUUGUCAUCUGCAGCUUCAAACCGUUUCAUACCGCCGCGUUGGUGGAUUCAGGAUUGCGUUUAAUAUGGGUUUAUUGGUUGGUUUGGAUGGGUUAGUGAGUUGGUGGAUCAUUCGGCAUCCAUGAAGAAGAAGCGUAAGAGUUGCAGCAGCAGUAGCUUUGGAGGAGCAGGUACGGUGUAAUUUACCCUCUGAAAAUUGUUAGUUUGAAAGGGUAACUACCGUCUUUAAGGAAAUUGUUCGUCUAGUUGUUAUAGUACACCGCGAAAUGAUUUUCUUUCGAGUUUUAUACAAUACCGACUAGUUUUUAGAACGUAUAGAUUUUUCUUUUGAGCUUUAUACAAUACCAACGAGUAUUUUAAAGGUAUAUUACAGACUGCAGACUAUUUGUGACAACAUCACUUUUUAGUACAUUGAAAAGAGUAUUUUAAGGACUGUACUCGAUUAAAUUUGAAGAAGUUUCUUUUCGUUCAUAUUUUUUUCUUUGAUUUAGUUCAUUGAGUUCAUAGACAUGGUAUUAUGUGCAGUCUGGCUGUUGCACACCACUGUCUUCAUGUGAGUUCACCAUGAAGAACGAGACUUCUGGAUACCACCAAAGAAAGGGAUCGUCGCAGGAGGAGAUCCAGACUGCAAUGGGUGGAACGACAAGCAGAACGAGUUGUGCUACGACUGUCAGUCGUGCCAGGCGUCCUUUGUGUACAAUAUCAAGCAGCAGUGGAGGUCUCUGGCUUUCAUUAAUGUCUGUGUUCUUAUACUCCCCUUCUUGGUCUAUAUUAUUGGUUGUUGUGCUCAGUUUAGCAAUUCGUCAUCGAGUUCCAAUAGAAAUUAUCUCAGCCGGUAAGGACCCUUGAUGAUCUCUCUCUUCACCAGUUUCCCCCAAGUGUAGCUUUAAUCUGAUUCAUUUGUUCUUAAUUCUUGUUAGUUUCGGUCGUUGUAGCUUGUUUCAGUUGACCAUUCUUCUCAUGUUGUUGGAUUAUACUUGUUUCUUCUGUUGUUUCGAAUUCAAGGGAAAGGUUGCGUACUUGUUCUUUGUUCUUUUGUCAUGAGAACAAGUGUGAAGCCGCAUAACCCUAGUUGCAAGAGCUCUUAGGGUGUAAUAUGCAGAGACAAUUUCGUGACUAAAAAUAAAACUUUGUGCCAUUCACUUUCAUUUUUGUUUUCUGUUUUCAUUCCAUAAAUCUAGCAACGAAAAGAAGAAACCUGUUUAGUUUUUAUUAUUGUUUUUUUUUUUCAUUUCCAACUCUGAAACAAGAAAGUGGCAGCUUCCUUUUCUGCAGAUUUCAUUUUCUGUUGCCAAAACAGAAUGAGAAAUGAACGGGACUUUACGUAUUCCUGGGAAUGUGGAGAACGUUCGGAAUCUCCUGAAUCAUCCAGUUGCGCAAUCCAAACAAGGUCUAUGCUUUGAUUGGAGGAUUUGCCAUUGCCGGCUCCCCUCCCCAGUUAACUUCCACGCCAAGGAUGGUUCAAUCAGGCUACAAGUUCUUGGGGGAGAUAGUGGUCCAACUAGACAAAAUCAACCCUCAGGAGGCGAUACAAUGAAACCAGGCAGAGUCUCGCCAAGUUGGAGAUGAUAGUGUCUGCCAACGGACUGUCGGAGAAUGUCUUCGAGAUUGCUUCCAAAAGUUUGGUUGUCUCAACUUUUUAACGACGCAAACCAAGUUCCACAGAGGUGUUAGAGUUUAAAGAACAGUUAAGUUUUUUAUGCGAACGAAAGUUUGUUUCAUCUGAAUCCUAUAUCGAAUUUUCGUGCACAAGAAAUGUAAUCAUGGAUGUGGUGGGAUCGCCAUUUCCACAAGAAAGAAUGGUUUAAUAG